CCCUCUCUCUCUCUGGCGGAGAAAAAGUCGCCGACUGUGUAAAAUGAUGAGCCAUGGUGGUGGUGGCGGCGGAGGAGGAGACGCUGAACGUAUGUUAGCUCAAGCAGAGAAGCUACUCUUAAGCGGAGACUUAAACGGUUCAAAAACCUAUGCGAUCCGCGCAUGCGAAGCCGAUCACUCACUCGUAGACCACGCCGAACUAAUCCUCGCCGUCGCCGAUACUUUAAUCGCCGGAGAAUCAAGAAUCAGAGGAACAUCCUCCGAACUUCCCGACUGGUACGCCGUGCUCCGUCUCGUUCGUCUGACUCACAACCCGGAACUCGUCGCGACUCAGUACAGCAGACUCGCCGUGUUGCUUAACCCGGGUCGGAAUCGGUUCCCGUACUCUGAGAAAGCUUUUAGGUUGAUCUCUGAUGCUUGGUAUGUUCUCUCUGAUCCUUCUAGAAAGGCAUUGUAUGAUAGGGAACUCCAUCUGAGUCAAUUUGGGAACCUCGGUCAAUUAGGGUUUCAGCUUUUCAAUCAAUCCCCUCCUCCUCCUCAACAUCAAUCGCAACCGCCUCAGCAUCAGAACCAAACGUUGUCGUUUCAGAACCAGCAGUUACCAUUUCAGCUUCACCAACCACCUUUUGCUCAGCCUGUACAGACUCAGUCACAGCAGCAGCAAAGGUCUCAAUUUGAUCAGCAGUUAUUGCAGGAGCAACAACAAGCAUCUUGGAGGCAACAGUUUGGUCAAGAGCAAAGUAGUGAUUGGAAAAGACCAGUAGAGGAGGAGGAAGAGAGGUUGAUUAAUUUGAACAAUGCAACUGAUAGGGUUCUUCAAUCUAGUCGUCGUUUUGCUGAGCCGGACCGGCCGCCUAGUAGAUCUUCUUCUCAUAGGACUCCUUCGACUGAUUUGACAUGGGCUUCAUCUAAGCCUACUCCAACAUCUGACUCUGUACACCAUUCUGAUUCUGUCCCGUGGCAAUCCAAUGAGCCGGCUAGGCAGUAUCAGUCAUCUAGUAGGUCUAGUGAAGCUUCUCAUCUCUCGCUGCUUCCUUCUGUUUCAGACUCACCUCAUGCAUCUCAGCCAACUCGCUCGAUUCAGUCGCAUCCAGUCUCUAAACCGCAUCCAGUUUCUAAACCACAUCCGCCAUUCCCUAUGUCUCAGUCACCACAGACCUCUAGUCCGUUCCCUGUCUCUCACUCAUCACUAAAGUCUAAGCCUUUGCCGGUUUCUCAGUCAUUACAAAAGUCGUCUAAGCCAUUGCCGGUCUCUCAGUCGUCACAAAACUCUAACCAAUUCCCGGUGUCUCAAUCAUCAUCAAAGUCUAUGCCAUUCCCUGUGUCUCAGCCACUACCUACCUCUAACCCAUUUCCGGUGUCCCAGCCAGCACCAAACUCUAAACCAAUCUCCAUGUCUCAACCAUUAUCGACUGCUAGACCUUUCCAAGCAUCUCAGUCACCACCGGUCUCUAAGCAAUUUCCUAUAUCUCAGCCACCACCGGCCUCUAAGCAAUUUCCUAUACCUCAGCCACCUCCGACCUCCAAGGCAUUCCCGGUAUCUCUGCCACCACCAGCCUCUAAGCCAUUCCCAAUAUCACAGCCACCCAAUACCUCUAAGCCAAUGCCAGUAUCUCAGCCACCCACAACCUCUAAGCCGUUGCCAGUGUCUCAGCCAUCACCGGCAUUUCAGUCAACCCGUCCCUCUCAGCCACCUGCAGCCUCUAGUUCUCUCUCUCCACUGCCUCCUGUCUUCGAUUCAACUCAAUCAUUCGAGCCACCUCCAGUCUCUACUACUCCCUCUCCGGUUCCAGCAGCCUCUACUACUAUUCCAUCUCCACCACCGCCUGCGCCAGUCUCUCAGCCAACUCGGGGUUCUAACCAAACCCAACCUACAGAACAUACUCCAAAGAGCGGGGCUGCAAGACCAGAUUCCGAGCCGGAGGUUCUGAGUUUCUGGACAACUUGUCCAUACUGUUACGUGCUUUAUGAGUAUCCCGUCAUUUACGAGGAAAGCGUGCUUAAAUGCCAAACUAAGAGCUGCAGGAGAGCUUACCAAGCGGUGAAGGUACCUUCACCACCGCCAGUAACCGAAGAAGAUAGCUACUAUUGCUGUUGGGGUUUCUAUCCAGUAGGAUACUCAGAAGUUACUAAAAUCCCAGUCAGUGGCUUACAGUCUAAAAUUCCAGUCAGUGAGUUACCCAAAAAACCAUCUCCAAAGGUAUAUUAUUAUGACGAUGAAGAAGAUGAUGAUGAUUCAUAUAUAGAUUCGGAUCUUAGUGACGACGAUGAUGAUGAUGAUGAUUGGCUGAUGAAUGGAAUAAAAAGGAAGAAAAAUGUGAAGCAAAGUAAAGCUAAAGCUUCAACCAGAACAAAACGUCGAAAAGCUAUUGAGGUUGAUUGAGUAAAAAUAAAAUCAGGUAUGGAACAGAAGGAGAACAACUUUCAUGUAAGGCUCUCUCUCUCUUCUUUAUUUCUGGCUCUGUUGUUGUAUUUUUAGUUGUAGUAGUUUCUAUUUUUAUGUAGUGUAGGGUAAAAUUGCUUGCUUCCGCGGUUUCCAUGUUCUGUUUAGGCUCUGCUGCGGUCGGAUCGGUCUUAGCGAUUUGAGGUUAAGCUUAGAAACAACGUUUGUAACUUGUAAUGAUGUUCUGGUGCCUCUUUUUGGAUUAAUGUAGUAUCAUCCUUUUUUGGAAAGACGAUGGAGUUUCAUCAUUUUGAUCAGUUAGGAUUUUGAAAAUUCUCUCUC